AUGAUUGUCCUUCACUGGUUAGCAGGACCGGCUACUCGUUGGAAAACAUUUGUAGCCAAUAGGGUAACAAAAAUACGGGAUCUCAUUCCUAAUGCACAAUGGCUUCACAUUCCUUCUAAUCAAAAUGCAGCCGAUUGUGUUUCUCGAGGUCUUCGACCUAAGGAUUUUAUCCAACAUAAGAAUUGGUUGUUUGGGCCGGAUUGGUUGAAUGGUCCUAUAUCAACUUGGCCUGCAAAAACGGUUGAACCUUCCGGAGAUAUUGAUCAAGAAAGAAAAGCUAACGCUCUAAUAGUAAAGAGUGUCAUACCACCGAUCAAUCCUUUAUAUGAAUUAACGCAAAAAUUUUCUAAUUGGUGCAAACUUGUAAGAAUUUUCGCUUAUAUAUUGAAGUUUUGUAAAAUUAUAACAAAUCGAAACCGACUUUUGACUUCAGAUUUGAAACAAGCCGAGGUUAUUAUUAUUCGUUUAGUCCAAGAACAUCAUUUUCCCGAAGAAUUCAAACUAUUAACGAACGGAAAGUCUUGUUCGAAAAAGUUUUGCCGACUAAAUUUGGUUUUGGAUUCUAAUAAUUGUUUACGCGUUAAAGGUAGAUUAGGAUUAACAACUAAUAACAAUCCACUUCUUUUGCCAAAAAAAGACCAAGUAGUAAAUUGUCUCAUAGAUUACUACCAUAUUAAUAAUUUACAUACUGGAUCAAACUUAGUAUUAUCUUUAUUGAGGCAAAAAUAUUGGAUCUUGUCGGCUCGUGCAAUAAUUCGUAAUCGUCUUAACAAGUGUAUAACUUGUUUUCGACAGAAUCCGAAACCCAUUUUUCCAUUCAUGGGCGACUUACCAGUACCGCGCAUAACAGCCAGUAGAGCUUUCCUAAACGUCGGCGUUGAUUAUGCAGGCCCUUCAAUAUCUCCAUGA